UAAUUUGUAUACAUAGAUAAUAUUUCUUAUUAUUUGAAGUUUGAACCUAUUGAACUUUGAAGUUAGGGGGAUAGGGAAUCAUGAGUAGACGAGUUGAUAUUAAAGCUUUAGUAUCUCACUUAGUAAGAAAAGACGGAUCUAAUAAUUGCCGCAUUUGCAUGGGUAGCACAUCAGAUGGAAUGGUUUUCCUAGGAGAUACAGUAAUGGAGUUAAAUGGAAUACCAACAACAUUAGCUGACGUAUUUGAGAAAAUAAGUGGAUUACGGAUGUUUGAAGAAGAUUUACUUCCGCUAGGAAUAUGCCAUGAAUGUUCAGUGGCAGCGAUUUCCGCUUAUGAAUUCAGCAACUUUGUCGUUAAAUCAGAUAAGCUAUGGAACAAUGCUAUAUCUUCAUUAACCGUAGUACCAGUAUCCAAACCUCACUCGAAAUCCUUAUGUGCCAUUUUAAAAGAUAAUUUGUCUUUACAACUAAUCAAAAACUUUGAUGGAAACUCUAGACAUUUGUUAAACUAUCUUAACCCGAUCAAAAAGAACGCUACAGAUACUUUAAGAAAAAAUAAAGCAUCAUGGAAUGGGAUUUCGUACUCGUGUGAGGACUGCGGAAAAGAGUUUUCUACUUCCUACUACUUGAAUAUGCACCUGAAGAACAGUGGACAAAAAGAGCUAUGCUGGAUAUGUAUAAAGAUGGUCAAUCGUGGGCAAGAGAUGAAGGACCAUUUGGCAAAUAUACAUAAGAUAAACAUGUUUCUGUGCAAAGAUUGUCCAAUCCUGACAAAAACUGAAUCUGAGCUAAAACAGCAUCGUAAGACAUGCCACAUAUCUGGUGUGUUUACUUGCUCGCAAUGUGGCAGGAGUUUUCACCGGUUAAACUCUUUUGAAUUGCAUGGUCAAAUGCAUGCAGUGCGCACUUGUCGUGCUUGUGGUUUGCAAUUUACGAAUCGAGGAUGUUAUAGGGAACACAGAUCCAAAUGUGAGCCAGACGCCAAACCAGACCCAAGAACACUGCCAAAAAACAAACGCUCCAAUAUUCGAGAUCUGGCAACCUUCAUUUGCGAUUAUUGCUCGAAGAUUUAUCACAAACGGGCUCAGUUGCAGAAUCACAUUAAAUGGAUUCAUAUGGACGUUAGGCCUCACCAGUGCCAAUGGUGUGGAAAGCGAUUUUACACAUCUGCUCGAUUGGCUGAGCACACCGUAGUUCAUACACGAGCUAGAAAUUUCAGUUGUGAUAUCUGUGGACUACGUUUGGUUUCCAAAAUGGCUGUUGUGUACCAUAGAAGGCGACACACCGGCGAGAAACCAUAUGAAUGCAAAGAUUGUGGUGAAAGGUUUAUUUCUUCUUCGCGAAGAUCUGAACAUGCUAGGAGGAAACAUGAUGGACCAAAAUAUCAAUGUACGUUGUGUACAUCGAGUUUCGCUCGCAGCUUCGAUCUAAGGAAGCAUAUAAAUAAAGCGCAUUGGAACCCGAAAUCUGAUCCGGCAGACGAUAAAGAAACACCAGCACUUUGAAUUUAUUAAAAUAUAUAGACAAG